ACAGCAGGAGACUAAAUGGUGAUAUUGAGGGAGAGAGACAAGGAUUCCUGCGCUUCAGCUUUGGUUCUUUGGGAUCCUGCCCUAAUCUCUUACUUCUUUGUCUCAGAUACAACCCAGAUACCCAGAUACAACCCAAAGGAGGCUCCUCUUUGCAAGGACUUUUACAGGAUGUUUCUAUCCCUGGUGCUGUGCGUUGGAAUCUUGCUGGGAUCAUCAGCAGCCUCCAGCAUUCAGUCUCGCUUCUCUUCCUUUGCCGGGGAGUAUGGCUCGGGGGGUGGCACCGCUUUCUCUUUCUCUUCAGAGCAGCUGAAUGGACCAAUCACUGGCCUGCGAGUACGAGAGAACCCGAGCCACGUUAUUGGACUCCAGUUCCGAUAUGGAAAUACGUGGGGAACCUAUUACGGGAACACAGCGGGGCCCAUCCUGGAGUUUCUGCUCCUCCCAGGAGAGAACAUUACCCAGGUAUCAGGGAAGACUGCUGCCUACGUAAAUGAACUGAUGUUUGUGACAAGCCACGGGCGCAUCUUCCGUUUCGGCCAACCCUCGGGCACCAGCUUUAAUGAUUUCCCUUUGUAUCAGACCACCGCCCUGCGCUAUGUGAGUGGUCGCUAUUCCUCCGUCAUACACAGCAUUGGCUUCCACUGGGGCUACCAGCCGGGCUGUGUGCACUGCAAGACUGAGGAAUAGAGGUUCCACCCUUACCCAGGCUUUAUUGCCCCCCAUUCCCAACUUGAUCUGUAGUCAAUAAAGGAGAUUUUCCUGA